AUGGCUUCCAUUUUACCUGCUUCUGAUAGAUCCACGAGACCUGACAAGAAUACUUAUGAGGGAAAAAGAUCUGUAUAUGUUAAGAAUCCUUACCUGGAUGCUAUGGAUGAAGACAUCCUCUACCACUUGGAUUUAGGAACCAAAACACACAACCUUCCAGCAAUGUUUGGGGAUGUAAAGUUCGUCUGUGUCGGCGGGAGCCCCAACAGAAUGAAAGCGUUUGCACAGUUUAUGCACAAGGAACUCCAGCUGGAGGGAGAUGGAGAAGACAUUGAAGACAUCUGCGCGGGAACAGACAGAUACUGCAUGUUCAAGACCGGCCCUGUGCUUUCCAUCAGUCAUGGGAUGGGCAUCCCCUCCAUUUCUAUUAUGCUCCACGAACUCAUCAAAUUACUCCACCAUGCACGCUGCUGUGACGUCACCAUCAUCCGAAUCGGAACAUCAGGGGGAAUUGGGAUUGCCCCUGGCUCUGUUGUGAUAACAGAUACAGCGGUAGACUCCUUCUUCAAGCCUCGGUUUGAGCAGGUAAUCCUGGACAACGUGGUCACCCGAAACACUGAACUUGACAAGAAACUGGCUACUGACUUGCUCAACUGUAGCAGAGAAAUCUUCAGCUUCCCAACCCUCAUCGGACACACGAUGUGUACCUACGACUUUUACGAAGGCCAGGCCCGCCUAGAUGGAGCCUUGUGUUCCUUUUCGAGAGAGAAGAAGCUGGACUACUUGAAGCGAGCAUACAAAGCCGGGGUCAGGAACAUCGAGAUGGAGUCGACAGUGUUCGCAGCCAUGUGUGGACUGUGUGGUCUGAGAGCUGCCGUGGUCUGUGUGACACUUCUUGACAGACUCGAGAGUGACCAAAUCAAUUUGUCCCACGAUGUCCUGGUGGAGUACCAGCAGCGGCCACAGCGGCUAAUCUCGAAUUUCAUCAAAAAACAGCUUGGACUUUGCGGUCAGAUGUCGUAA